GACGCUGCUUCUUGGAUUGAAUCACUUCACUCUCAUUAUUCCAGCAACUCAUCGGACACUUGACCAUACGUCCCCUUUUCUCGCUCGUAUCGAAACGGCAAACACCGCACAGGGAUAUUACACUUUCAACAUGCCAGCGCUUCACAAAGUUGCCGCGGCCGCCGCCCUGGUGCUGUCACUACCAUCCCUCGCCGCCGUAAUCCAGCGGUCCGGCAACGAGACGUCCCGGAACCUCAAUAACCGCGCCGCGGAACCCCCCAGUCCUGUCGCAGACGGAAUCGACUGGGCCUAUGACUUCGAGGUCAAGUUCCAGCCCCUCGUGGACUUCGACACAGACAGCUGCUACAAUGUCCCCGCCAUGGAUAAUCACAACCGCGCGUCCGAAGGGCUUAAUCCCGAUUACGACUCGGACGUCAGUACCUGUCGCCCGCGCUCUGCUCUCGACCGCGGCGGCUCCAACGUCUACGUCCGGGGCCGCUGCAACCGGGGCUGGUGUGCCUUCGUCUUCGCCUACUACUUCCAAAUGGACUUUGCAUGGUCCUUCCCUUUGAACAGCUGGAACCACCGCCACGACUGGGAGCACGUGGUGGUCUGGGCCAAGCUGGGCCAGCCGCGCAGCGUGUCAGUCUCGUGCCACGGCGACUACGAGAGUCUCGUGGCCAACGACCCCGACCUCCGCUUCGGUGAAACGCCAAAGGAAUUCCCCUACUACCACACGACGCUGAAACCCGCGGCCACGCACCCCAAGGUCGUGUACCACAAGGACGGCGCCCGCACGCACUGCUUUCGCUUCGCCAAGAAGGCCGACGACUCCGAGGGCCCGGAGAACGAUCGGGGCGUGUGGAUCCGCAGCGGCCUGGUGAGCAAGCUGAUGAUGCCUACGGAAUGGUGGGAGACGUUCCGAUCUCACGAGUGGGGCAGCGCGCACCUUGCCUGGGCCAACGAGGACGACUUCGCUGGGCACCUUAUCAAAACGAUGCCGCAGGAGGCGAGGGAUGAUGAGUUCGAUUGCGCCUAUGACGAGGUGCCGGAGCUAAAGGGUUGGCCUAAGGACUGGCAGAAAUGGUUGUAGAGGUGAUGAGGGAGUAAAGUUGGCAAGGAAGCUCCUCGCAUAUGCUGAGUUGCUCCGCUUAGACGCCCAUUUAUCUUGGGUAGCGGAUGCCCUUCCCAUUCCUGUUUUCCGCGGGACACGACGGUAAACGAGAAUAAUUAGUUAGCUAAGUAUGUACAUACAAAUACACACGGCCAUGCGCUGGACUCGUCUCUGCUCUAAUCUUUUAAGAUUAAUGGCGAAAAAAGAGGGUGAACAAAUGAACGAGCAGGAUAACUUAAAAUGUAAAUGUCCUAUGGACCACAGACAUAGCGCUCUGCUUGAUCCAGCUUCGAAGCAGUUGCAAAUCCUUAAGCGUUCGGGCCUAGAGACGGCAUCAUUAUGUGGAUACUAAUAGCUUGACUGAACUGAACUGCCUGCGACAAUAUGGUGCAUUUAACAGGGUCAAGCUGGCUGUUCGUAACACUCAAUUCCAUUAAACUAAGCCUGAGGAAAGGAAAGGAAAAUGUUUU